AUGAAGCUGCUGAUUCUUGUAAUCCUUUGCAUUUGGCUGGCCAAUGGAUUACAAAGAGUACCUCUGAAAAAACACAAAUCUUUGCGGAAAACUUUGAGAGAACGUGGACAGCUUUCUCAGUUUUGGAAGAGCCACAAGCUGGACAUGAUCCAAUACACCCAGGAAUGCUCAGCUUUCAAGGAUACCAGUGAGCCACUCCUCAACUAUUUCGAUGUGGAAUAUUUUGGACAAAUCUCUAUCGGGAAUCCACCACAGAAUUUCACAGUACUCUUUGAUACUGGCUCCUCCAACCUAUGGGUACCAUCAGUAUACUGCGCCAGCAAAGCGUGUGCGGCCCAUUCUAGAUUCCACCCAUCACAAUCCAGCACCUACACAGAAGUGGGAACUGCCUUUUCCAUCCAGUAUGGCACUGGCAGCUUGACAGGAAUAAUUGGAAUGGAUCAAGUAAUUGUUGAAGGACUGACUAUAGCCAAUCAGCAGUUUGCAGAAAGCACCUCCGAACCUGGAAGCACUUUUCUAGAUUCUGAAUUUGAUGGGAUCCUUGGCUUGGCCUAUCCAUCCCUGGCAGUAGAUGGAGUCACCCCAGUGUUUGACAACAUGAUAGCCCAAAACCUGGUGGAACUACCAAUAUUUUCUGUUUAUUUGAGCAGGAACCCAGAUUCUUCUGUAGGAGGGGAACUGGUUUUCGGUGGAUUUGAUCCUUCCCAUUUCAGUGGUAACCUCAAUUGGAUUCCAGUCACUAAACAGGGAUAUUGGCAGAUCCUACUGGAUAAUAUCCAGGUUGGUGGGACAAUUGAAUUCUGUGCAGAAGGAUGCCAGGCUAUAGUGGACACAGGAACCUCUCUCAUCACAGGUCCUUCUGAGGACAUAAAGCAGAUGCAAAAUCUAAUUGGGGCUCAACCUGUAGAUGGAGAGUAUGCUGUAGAAUGCAACAACCUGAAUGUGAUGCCUUCUGUUACUUUCACGAUCAACGGAAUCCCUUACACUCUUACCCCAGAGGCUUACACCCUCGCGGACUCCAGUGAUGGGAUGCAACUUUGCACCAGCGGCUUCCAGGGUCUGGACAUGCAAACGACAUCCGGGCCACUCUGGAUUCUAGGGGAUGUUUUCAUUGGCCAGUACUACUCUGUCUUUGACCGUGGGAAUAACAGAGUAGGGUUAGCUCCCGUUGCCUCUUAAUCUACUCGGCAGGUACAGCAGUCUAGGUACCAGGCUUUAUUUCUGUCUCUUUUUGAACGGUCUGGAUAAAAUAAUCUCCUUCAUUGUGGCACGCUUUUCUGCAAGAGUGCAACAGGGAUAAUGACAUUUAUUUUUAUAUGUAUAAAUGUUUUGAUGUCCCAGGCAGAAGGAUCCCAGCAGGGAAAGCUGACCUGCACAUUUUAGGAAAGGCUCUUGCACAUUUGUUUUUUUCUCUAAACUUUUAUCAAUAUUGAGUUAUGGCAACCUGCAGAUUCAUGUCACUGUACUGAAAUCAUGCACUGUGAGAAGGUUUUUCUCCUCCCUUCCUGUGUAACUCAUGAAAAGCAGGCGUGCUCUUUAAUUGGCUGAACAGAUGAACUUGUUUACUUUCUUCUGUUGCAGUUUGUUAAUAUAAUAGGAAAUGGGAGGAUUUAAAGAAUCAACUGGCAAUACUGUGUUUAUUAAAUUGUACAUUGUCUUGUGAUCUCAACUUUUUUUUAAAAAAAAGCACCUUAUAUUAAGGUUUCUACAACAUGCAAAUGUACUUAACUUUAAUUAAAUAA